UGCAGAAGACAUUCGUGUUCAGACUGGUUAAAGAUGGCCGGGAUGAUGUUUGCUCUGUUGAUCUCUGCGGGAGUCUUACUGACUUCCACUCAAGCUUCCUUAAACAAACUCCCAGAAACCUACAAGAAAGGAGUGGAACUGGCGCUAAAAUACAUCAAUGCCCAUGAAGGUGUCCAGAACCAUUUUCUCUUCUUUUCGUCGAUCCAACAGUCCCAAAUUGAGGCAGGGUUUGAUGUCACGUACAGCUACCAAAAUUUUUACCUGAAAGCCACCAAGUGCGUGAGAGGAACCGAGAAUGCGGACGCAACCAAGUGUGCGUUCAGGAAUGAUCGUCCUCUUAUUGACUGUGCCGUCUGCUACAAAACCUACGCUGGAGAGAUAGAGCCUGAGCCCAAACCCUAUGUGAACUGUGUUCAUAAACCAGCGCUUACUGAAGCGAUGAAGACAGAUAGAGUGGACCAUUGUAAUACAAUGGGUUAUAGCAGCGGAUCUCCAACUUUGCUGGCAUCUGGAAGACAAUCAUGAAUACUUGGAGACAAAAACUGAAUAUAGCUUCAGUCCUGUGAUAUUCUGUUCUGUGUCUUUUCUUGCUUACCUGAACUUUGGUCAUCACAUGCAAGCGUUACUGUGACCGUAUAAACUCUGUAGCUGUGGGCGCAAGAUCAUAUCUAUAUAUUUUUGUAGGAUGGGUAAACUUUGCAAAAUACUUUUUUUGAAAGCUGUUCAGUAAAAAUGAAAGAAAUAAAGGUGUUUGUUAGUGCAGAAUUGAUGCUGUGUCAGCUGUGUACAACAAAUUGAACAAAACAUUUACUAAUAAAGGAAACUGAGAUAUUUGA